AUGGACAUCAAUGAGAUGACCAAGCCGUGGGGUCUGGAGGUAGACAGGGUGGAGCUGACUGUAGGUGGUGUCCUGAAGCCCCCAGAGGACUCUCCAUCUGGGCUUGGCUCUGUCAUCCUACCCCCCCUCUAUCCCCUGGUCUCGAGGGCCUGGCCGGACCAAUACAACAGCUGGCUAUGCACUUCCUGGGCAACAUGGCUGGCAGUAAACAAUGAAUCUCCCCUGGUUAGGACAGGUACUGUCACAUAGUAACAAUUGAAGCUCCCCUGGUUGGAGGACAGGUACUGUCACAUAGUAGCAAUGAAGCUCCCCUGGUUAAGGGCCUUCAUCACUUUCGUAGCAGCGUUGUAGUUCAGGUAGUCCUCUCCGGUUUCAUUUAGCAGAAGCUCUUAUCCAGGAGUGACUUACAGUAGUUUAGUACAUUGUACAGUUUAGUGAGUCAUUUAGCAGAAGAUGGUUUCCUCCAUUGGGGUGUCAGGACAGAGAAGAGCUUGGACUGGGCUGAGGGGGAGCUGCCCUCCCUUGGGGUCCGGGACAGAGAAGAGCUGGGACUGGGCUUAGUGGGAGCUGCCCUCCCAUUGGGGGUGCCAGGAACAGAGAAGAGCUGGACUGGGGCUGAGGGGGAGCUGCCCUCCCAUUGGGGUGUCAGGACAGAGUAAGAGUGGGACUGGGUGAGGGGGAAUUGCCCUCCCAUUUGGGGUUGGGAGGACAGAGAAAAGUGGGACGGGGCUGGGGGGGGAUCCCUCCCAUUUGGGGUGCCAGGACAGAGAAGAGUGGACUGGGUAGGGGGAGCGCCCCCCCAUUUGGGGUUCCCGGGCAGAAAAGAGUGGGACUGGGGCUGAGGGGAGCUGCCCUCCAUUGGGUCAGGACAGAGAAGAGCGGGACGGGCUGAGUGGGACUGCCUCCCAUUGGGGUGCCCGGGGCGAGAAGAGGGGACUGGGCGGAGGGGGAGCUGCCUCCCUUGGGGGUCAGGACAGAGAAGAGGGGACUGGGGUGGGGGGAGUGCCCUCCCUUGGGGUGUCGAAAAGAAGAGCUGGGGUGGGGUAGGGGGAGCCCCUCCCAUUGGGGGGGGCCCGGACAGAGAAGGUGGGACUGGGCCCUUUUAGGGGAUGCCCUCCCCUUUGGGGGCCAGGGCGAGAAGACUGGGACUGGGGUGAGGGGGGGCUGCCCCCCCCAUUGGGGUCCGGCAGAGAAAAAGCGGGACUGGGUGAGGGGGAGUGCCCUCCCCCGGGGGGUGUCCCCAAAAAGAGAAGAUGGGACUGGGCGAGGGGGGGGCCCCUCCCAUUGGGGUGCAGGAAAGAAAAGCUGGGAUGGGGCGGGGGGGUGCCCUCCAGGGGGUGCCGGACAGAGAAGAGCGGGACGGGCUGAGGGGGCUGCCCUCCCAUUGGGGUGCCAGGACAGGAAGAGUGGGGGCUGGGUUGAGGGGAGCUGCCCCCCCAUUGGGGGGGGCCCACAGAGAAGAGCUGGGACUGGGGGGAGGGGGGGCUGCCCCCCUUGGGGUUUUUCAGGGACAAAAAAAAACUGGGACUGGGCGAGGGGGAGCUGCCCCCCAUUGGGGUGUCAGGAAGGAAAAAAGUGGGACUGGGGCUAGGGGGGGUGCCCCCCCAUUGGGGGCCGGACAGAGAAGAGCUGGGAUGGGGUGAGGGGGGGUGCCCUCCCAUUGGGUGCCAGGGCAGAGAAAAAAGUGGGGGGGCGGGGGGGGGCCCUCCCCUUGGGGGGUCAGGGCAAGAAGAGCUGGGAUGGCUUUGGGACUGCCUCCCAUUGGGUUUCCAGGCAAGGAAAGUGGGCGGGCUGAGUGGGAGCUGCCCUCCCAAAAGGGUGCCAGGCCAGAAGGCUGGGCUGGGGAGUGGGGCGCCCCCCCCUUGGGGGUGCCAGGGGAGAGAAAGUUGGGCUGGGCGAGUGGGCUGCCCUUGUAAAGGGGGGGGAGGGUCAAGAGACGAGGGGAGAAAAAGAUGCUAAUGUUUUUGGGGGGGUGGGUUUGAGCAUACCUGAAGGGAGGGGGGGGCAGUUCCCUGCUGCUCGUAGGUAAGCCCAUGGUCUUGAAGUGGGGGGAGUUCAAUGGAACCCAGGGGGAGUGUGCGGCGGAGGGGGUGACAUGGGAGAAUUUGGGAAAGGUUUUUGAAACACCGGCGGGCGCAGCUUCUGGAUAAAUUGCGGGGGUUUGAUGGCACAAGCGGGGAGCCCAGUCAACAGUGAGUUGCAGUAAUCCAAACGGGAGAUGACAAGUGCCUGGAUUAGGACCUGCGCCGCUUCCUGUGUGAGGUAGGGUCGUACCCUGCGGAUGUUGUAGAGUAUGAACCUGCAGGAGCAAGUCACUGCUUUGAUGUUUGCAGAGACUGUCUGGGUGUUGUCCAGGGUCACGCCAAGGUUCUUUGCACUCUGGGAGGGCGACACUGUGGAGUUGUCAACCGUGAUCCAAGCUGAGAUAUCUGCCAGGCACGCAGAGAUGCAUCUCACCACCUUGGUGUCAGAAGGGGGGAAGGAGGAAAGAAGUUGAGUGUCAUCCACAUAGCAAUGAUAGGAGAGACCAUGUGAGGAUAUGACAGAGCUGAGUGACUUGGUGUAUAGAGAGAAGAGGAGAGGGCCUAGCACCGAGCCCUGGGGGACACCAGUAGUGAGAGUACGUGGUGCAGACACAGAUCCUCUCCACGUCACCUGGUAGGAGCGGCCUGCCAGGUAGGAUGCAAUCCAAGAGUGUGCAGAGCCUGAGACGCUCAGCCCUGAGAGGGUGGAGAGAAGGAUCUGAUGGUUCACGGUGUCGAAGGCAGCGGAUAGAUCUAGGAGGAUGAGAACAGAGAGAGAGUCAGCUUUGGCAGAGCGGAGAGCCUCCGUGACACAGAGAAGAGCAGUCUUGGUUGAGUGACCCGUCUUGAAGCCUGACUGGUUAGGGUCAAGAAGACCGUUCUGAGAAAGAUAGCGAGAGAGUUGGUCAGAGAGUGUUUUGGAAAGAAAAGAUACCAGUCUAUAGUUUUUUGACGUCAGAGGAGUCGAGGAAUGGGAGGUCUUCAGAGAUGGUCUGGAGGAGGGAAUGGGGUCGAGGGUGCAGGUUGUCGGGAGGCCAGACUUCACUAGUCGCAGGAUGUCAUCUGGAGAGAGAGGGGAGAAAGAGGUCAAGGCGUAGGGUAGUUCUGUGGGAGUGGGACCAGUGGACUCAAUAGGCUGAGUGAAUGAGUAGCGGCUGUCGUCAACCUUCUUCUCAAACUGGUCCGCAGAGAGGGAGGGGGAGGGGUGCUGGAUUAAGGAGUGAGGAGAAGGUGGAAAAGAGUUUCCUAGGGUUAGAGACAGAAGCUUGACCUUUAGAGUGAUAGGAAGUGGCUUUAGCAGCGGAUACAGAGGAAGAUAAGGUAGAGAGGAUGGAGUGGAAGGAUGAUAGGUCCUCCGGAAGUUUCAAAUCAAAUUGUAUUCGUCACAUGCUUAGUAAACAACAGGUGUAGACUAACAGUGAAAUGCUUCCUUCCUUCCCAACGACGCAGAGAGAAAGAAAAUAGAGAAAUAAUAGAACAGUAAAACAUGUAAUAAUAAAAGUAAUAAUUCACUAAUUCAGUCAAUUAUCUUUGGUUUUGUGCGUAAUGAACUCCACCCCUCACUGUGUUGUUUACAAAGCUUCUCUGUAUCUCUGUGUCCUCAGAGGACAGCAUCAGCUUCUCAGAUGAGGUGAGCAGUACUCCCCGGGCUAUAAGUUGUACUGAAGCCGGGGACGGAGCUGUAGCUGUAACCAGGCCCACGCCGGUGCUGGAACUGCUGAAGGAGCUUCUCCUCUCAGAGUCUCUGGUCAAUCAGGUGGGAGCCUGCUUCCUGUUCCUCCUCCAAUCACCUGACGGACAACAGACAAGCUAUUACGUAGACCUCAGCCAAGGUGAGACAAAUAACACACUGUCGUUCUACAGAGUCUUAUAGGGCCGGCUUCCCAGACACAAGGCUAGUCCUGGACCAAAAGCAUUCUCUGAUGAUGAUGUUUUGCAAACAGUCUUUGGCCCUCCUUCUUUGUCAUGUAUGUUAAAGGGCUUGAUCUCUGUAGUUAUUGGAACAGUCUCUUUUCCUCCGUUUGUUUUUACAAGAUUAACCUUUUAAGGGCCGGUUUCCGAGACACAUGUUCAUCCCUCACUAAAAAGGAAUUUUCAAUAGAUUGAGCAUGCUUUCUAGUUCAGGGCUUAGUCUGUAUUUAGAUUCAUUAUCCCAUCCUCUCUGUCAGAUAUGUUUUAUUUUGUAUCCAAGCUGCAUUUCAGGGUAACAGAGUAAAAGUGAGUUCCCCUCCUCUGUGUGUAGGCAGUGGUUCAGCCGGACCAGGGCCCCCCUCCGGAGGGCCAGGUACCAGACGUCACCCACUCAGUAUGACGGACCAGGACCUGCUGGCUAUGUUCAAGGGAACCCUGCGACCCUUCGCAGCCUACACAACUGGGACGACUCAAGGUCCAGGGAGGACCUGA